AUGAGUAAUGUGGCAGCAGCAGCUGCAACUAAUAUUCUCCCAAUGAGCAAUGUGGUUCCUUUAUGGGGAGGGUCUGCCCUUGUUAGUCAUGUUGAAAAAGCAGCAAGUGCUUUACAAAGUGGGCAUGUAAUUGCCAUGCCAACUGAUACUAUUUAUGGAGUUGCAGCACUUGCUCAGAAUAAUGAAGCCAUUGAGAGAAUUUAUGAGAUAAAGAAGCGUAGCUCCUCUAAGCCAUUGGCCAUUUGUGUUGCAGAGGUAGAUGAUGUUUAUGUAUGGGGAGAGGUGACUGUGCCACACUCUUUGCUUACCUCACUUCUGCCAGGUCCUGUCACUUUAGUCUUCAAGCGCACACCCUUACUGAAUCCGGCCCUGAAUCCGGGAACAGACUUAGUAGGUAUACGCAUUCCUGAUCACGCGUUCAUAAGAAAUGUAGUCAAACUUUGUGGUUCUCCUCUAGCCCUGACUAGUGCUAACAUCAGUUCAAAAGAAAGUCCUCUCUCUGUUGAAGAGUUUCAGGAAUUGUGGGGCAAACUGCAUACUGUGUUCGACCACGGUCACCUUGGAAAAGACCAAUUCCGCCGGGAAGGAUCUACCAUCAUUGACCUGUCGCAGCCUGGGGCUUAUAGACUAAUCCGGAGAGGAAGUGCGUAUGAGCAAACAACGCAACUCCUGCACCAGUAUGAUAUUACUUUGAUAGACUGA